AUGAGUGAGACAUCUCCAGCUCCGUAUAAUCCAUGCGAUCGUAUAAAGCGUCAUUUGAAGCGUCAUUUGAAGCGUAAGAGCAGGUUUUUCUUAAAAACCCUGUAAUUUUAAACUUUUUUUAAUUUUCAGUUCAAGUCGGUCUUUGGCUCCUAUUUUCAAUGCAGGGAACAAAGUUGUAGAUGAUGGGCUGGUAGCAGCUCUUUCCUCGCCUGCAGCAGAGACUUCGAACCCGUUUAAAAAGGUUAAGCUUCUUUAAAUUCGUUUUAAAUUAUAACUUUAGGUCGGUUCUCCAUCGAAGAAAAGAAAACCAACGCAGCCGAUCACAUUUGCAAAUAGCGUUUUUGAAUGGGAAGAUUCCAAUGCUCAAGAUCCGUUCAGUCGCCAGAACGAAUCGUAAUUUCCGUACCUCUAUGGACAAAAAUCUGGCAUUUUCAGAUUCUCUCAAGGAGCUUCUGUGCUAUCUCCAGAAAAGUCAGAAUGCUCCAAUUCAAGGCGGUCUAACUUUUCUCGGUACAGAAGCUUAGAUGCGGUCCGAGACUAUUAUUGGAAUGUUUUUGAAUAGAGUUUUUUCAGAAGGCUCUUUUGAAAGAAUGUUAUGCGACCGACUUUUCCGAGUUGCUACCCAACAGCAAGAAAGAAGAAGUAGUAUUGGAAGAGGAAUCAGUGGAAUUCCCGCUAGAUUUGAGACCAGGGACCAAGCUUCGCCUCACUUCGAGCAAACCGUUUCCUUGGAUGAAAAACAAGAAAACCACCGGUUUUUAAAGAAUAUAAAGAAAAGUUUAUUGUAUGGAUCCUAGGCAUCGUGGCUGUCCGUAUAACGGCAGCGGAUCGUUACGAGGGGCUCAAACAUAUCCGAGAUUUCGAUCCAGAUCAGCCAACUGUCUUUUUUUGUUGUUUCAAAAAAUGAUGACCUAUUUUCAGACGAAUUUGCCGCGCUCCCCAUUGGCCAUUUUUGAGGCUUCCUCUUUAUAUUGGCAAUUCCCGGUCUUACCUGGCCUAUCUUUGUAUCCGAGGCUCAGUAGUUUACUGAAUUCGGUUCAAAGAGUUCCCAUGACGUCUGCCAUUCAAGAUAGCAUCAAUAACCAAUGGUUUGUUUUUAUGAAAGUCGUGAAGUAGAAAAAUCAGUGAACUUGUGAUAUCUUUUUUUUUUUCUGAAGUGAUAACAAACUUUUUGUAGAAUUUCGGAACUGACGUGUAAGUUCAGGGUAGAAUGUUUCGAGCAACUAUUCAUGUCUUGGAAAAAAGGCGACCGCUCGAAUUUCUACGUCGCGACCUCGUCUUUCAAUGUCCUUUUCACGAAAACGAGCAGCGGAGAUGAUAUUGGUACUUUUUGAAGUUUCCAUUUAAAACCUUUCGAAAUUUGAAAUAAUCUCCUUCAUGCCUAAAAGUGAAUAAUUUUUAGACAUUGGCGAGGAAUCGGUUUCGUGUUUUCAAACUUCGGGUGGCCAAAAACUGAUCGCUCUUGUUUCACACACAACUUCAGCUGUACGGGAGGUGAUCCGGAGUGAAGGUAUAGUCAAAAAAUUCCAUCAAAAGUCUGCGUUUCAUUUAUAAAGAUAGUCAUUUUCGAUGUUGCCGUUGGUUUGAACUAACAUCAAAAAAAAAAAGAAUUUCAAACUGAAAUCUGCGCUUUUCAUCCUUUUUUCUUUUCUCAAAAUUCAAGGUUUUAUUCUUUCUUUUUGUUGUGUUUCAUAGGCUUUUCCCAAUCUUUGGUCAAUUUUUUGAAUGUAUUUCAAGUCAAAAUAAAUUUCUAGGCUUUUAAAUUCAUCUGAAUUUAUAAUGAAUAAACUAAAAGCUGUGGAAUUAGUCGAGAAAAAAUAAUAAAGACAAAAUAAUGGUACUUUUUUUGUAAUCUCAAAAGACCUACAAGUUUUCUCUGGCAAAUCACGCCUCUAAAGUCAAAAAAAGGGCGUGGCCAGCCAAUCAGAGGCCUGGCUUGCUAGGGCGUUCGAGAAGGAAGUCAUGAAUGAACUUAUAACUUGAGAAACAUGUCUCUUUCAUUUUCCUCUGGAUUUGGAAAUCUAAAUGCUCUUCACAGUCUCAUUUUCCAUAGGAAUCGAAUAUGAAGUGAUCGGGAAGCCGAAACGCCUUUCGAACGUUUCAAACAACCCGAAUUCCAUGUUUUCCAUGUCCAACGAUUCGAUGAGUAGUUCGUUAUCAGUUCAAUAAUCAAUCUCCAAUUUUUUUUCUUUUAUUCCAGUGAUGAAUGAAGAAAGUACGAUUUCUAAUAUGAGCGAAGGAAAAGAGAACGAAAAUAAGCCGGAAGAAGAGAAGGAGAACAGCGAAGAUGAGAACGAGAGGUAUGUGUCAGGAUCUUUUUUCAUUUUUUGUCUUGAAACUUUCAAGGAAUAAUUUUUUUCGUGUCAGGACUUUUUUUGGCGUGAUAUCUAUCGAUGCGCUUUUAACGUAGCACAUUUUCAUGAACCUCUAUGUUCCUCUUUUCCUUGAAACCUUCUGUAAAUGAUGAGUUUCGUACCGGGACAUUUUUCGCGUAAUGUAGAUGUUCCUUUAAUCCCUCAUUUUUAUGAACUUUUAUGAAUUUUUUUUUUUCGUGAAAAACUCAAUUUACGUGUCGGAACCUUUUUGCGCGAUCUUGAUGUGCCUUUAAUUUAGCCACGAUUUUUAUGAAUUUUUAUGAAGUUAUUCCUUUUUUUGUUUAUUUUGUGGUUAAGAAGAGUUCACUUCUGUCUUUGAAAAGAUCAUUGGGAAAAUUUUUUUUAUAGAUCUUAAGACGAAAAGAUUUUUCCCAGUUUUAAUCAAAAAUAAAGAUUAUGAGAAAAUUAUCCUUUUAUCAACUUCCAGCCCUACCAAAGCGAAUCAGCAAUGGUUGAAGGAGAUUGGCGUGUCGCCAAGAAAUAUCAUCAAGCAAAAUGUGACGAGGUUUUUUUCUAACAUGUUCAGAGAAUGAUUUUGAGAGUUUUCAGGCAGCUUUCCCUACGAUUCAAGGAGAAAAAGCGAGGGGAUCUCGUGUUUAUUAGUCAAGGUUCAUUGAAGGAUGGGUCGAAAAUAGUGAAACAUUCGGAUUUGAUGAAAAAUCACUUUGCAUGGUAAUGUCCCAUAUAGCAUUAAAACAAUGAAAAGAGAUCUGAAAAUAUGAUCCAUUUUUUUAAGCUUAACAGUCAGUUUAUUAAGAAACGCUAUCAUUUUGAUCAUUUUAAAUUAAUCUGAUCAUAUAAAUAUUUUUUUAUUUUGAUCUCAUCUUUUAGAGUCGAUUUUCUAAAAUCUUCCUCGGGAAAGUUUAAAAUUUUGAAUUCAAGAAAACUUUUCUGAUAGGAAUGUGUUAAGCUAGCUCUUAUUAGUUCCAAGAGAUUUCGAUUUCGAUUUUUCCUAGCCAAUUUUACAAAAACCUAAAAAAAUAAUUAUUUCUCGAACAUUGAGAAGGUCAAUGUUUUUUUGUAAGUUUUUUUCACUAGUUUUGUACCACUCUGUUUUUUUUUUCAUCGAAAGAUGAAUCAACCAGGGACCGUCCGUCCAAGCGCUCUACAACAUGCUUCAAACUUCGAAGCUGGUCCACGAGCUCACCGGCGCCUUUGCCCGAAUCCCGCCCACUUUGAUCGCCGCCUCACCUUUUCUCUACGCCCAGAUGCUCUCCCUCAAUGUUUAUUCCAAUAAGUGAGCCUCUAAUAACUUUUGAAUAUGCUCAGAAGACGUCCCACGUCGUCCAGAAGGUUGGCAAACCGACCGAGUAUGUCGUCGAACUGGACCGAGGUCCGAUCCUGCCUCAUUCUGUGGAGCUGGUGGGUUCAGGAAAUUCUCGAUUGAGUCUAAGUUUUAAUGUUUGGAAGUUAGAGAGCGCUGGUAGACGAGAAGGUGUUUAGAGAGAGAGAGAGAGAGAAAAGACACGACCUCUCAUUUUUGAACGGUCUUUAACUUUCAGAGAUUUGAACGUGAACUUUCUUAAUUUCAUUUUUGAGGAACUGUAGAGCUUUUGGAGGAGGAUCAUUUUUCAAAGAAAUCCAAUCAAAUAUGGACUUAAGGCAGUUUUUAAUUCUUUUCUUGUUUCCUAACUCACUGAAAAAAAUUGUGAAUCACGAAAUUAGGUUUUGAAACACCUGGAGUAGUGGCUCAAAAAGGUAUCUUCAGUUCAUCUUAAACCGCCUCUUUAGUGACCACUUAAGAUUUAUUAUUAGUCAGAACAUAAGUUUUCAAGCUUCCCCUAGAAGAGACCACUUAAGAAGUCAUAUUGAAGGUAGAACUUGAGAGGUCCUAAGCGACAAGAGGAUAACUUUGGAUCAAGAAAAAAAAAACUGGAAAACAGUCAUUCUCUUGAGUGAGCACUACAACGUUUGAAGUGAUCGCUUAAGUGAUAAAAAAAACUGAUGUAUAGUCAAUGUUUCCCGACUUGAAAGGCGAGGGAGGCGGGGCAAGGGGCGGGACGCGUAGCGUGUGCGUACGCGGUUCUUGGCACGAGUUCAAUUCAAUCGCCGCCGACUAUUUAAAAAGCUCGGCAACCGUUCUUUUUUUUUAUUUUCUUCUAUUUUUUGAUGCACACAUGAACAUAAUCAAUAAAUAAUUAAAAAAAGAAGUGAAAAAGAGUGAUAAAUAAGCUCUCUGAAUGCUCGCUAGCGGUUGAAUUGAACACGUGCCAAGAACCGCGUACGCACACGCUACGCUUCCCGCCCCUUGCCACGCCUCCCUCGCCUUUCAAGUCGGGAAACAUUGACUAUAUAUGUCAAAUCUUCACUGUAGUUCUUAGCAAAACCAAAAAAAAAAAUAACAAAUUUUGGCAGAUUGUCUACUCAUUUUUAUUCUCUUAAGUGACCACUCAAAUUUUAAUCAUAUUUUUUUCCUUUUUUGUAUUUGUCUUCUAAAAAACGCCUGUAGAGUUUGAGCAUUCAUUAGGAUUCAAACUAUGUCGAUAAUAGAUCACGUGAAAGAUAAAAAGAAUAUAUAAAGGUCUGUUCGCACAGACCUUGUCGAAGAGCCUCGUCCCGGUCCCGACUGACAACGACAGCGACGGCAGCGAAGAUCCCGCGUCCCCGACUUACGAAAAUGGCUCAUGACUUUUCAACAUCCGUUUAUUUAUCGUUUUAUUGACGAUGGAGGUAGAAAAAAGAAGUCAUGAGCUAUUGUCGUAAGUCGGGGACAGGGGAUCUUUGUUGCCGUCGCUGUCGUUGUCAGUCGGGCCCCGGGAUAAGGCUCUUCGACAUGGUCUGUGCGAACAGACCUUUACAUAGUGGUUUUAUAUUUCACGUGAUCUAUCAUCGACACAAACCACAAAAAAACAUGUAGAGAUUACGCUUCACAAAAACAGAAAAUCUGAGCUUUUCCAGGCUGCGGCUUUUCUCCGGUCCGGCGAUUUUUGCAGCGUAGAGCAGCCGGCAGGUCUGAGGGUCAACGACCGAUAUACCAACGCCGGAAUGAAUUCCUGGACGUUCCGAGCCAAAGAUUGGUCCUUUAUCAAUGUCCAUCCCAACCGAUUCAAAUGGACCAAGUCCUGA